CACGCCUCCUGGAUUGGAUGGUAUCUGCGGCUGUGCGGCUGACGCACUGAAGAUACCGUGUGUGUAAAGAUGGCUCCCUUUCCGGACGAGGUGGAUGUUUUUACCGGCCCACACUGGCGAAUGAAGCAACUGGUGGGCCUUUACUGCGAAAAGCUGUCAAAAACCAACUUCUCCAACAACAAUGAUUUCCGCUCAUUUCUUCAGUCCCUGUGCGCCACCUUCAAGGAGUUCAAGAUGCACGAACAAAUCGAGAACAAGUACAUCAUCGACCUGUUGCAGCAGCGCUGCUGCACCGUGUACAACGUGCACUCCGACAACAAGCUCUCUGAGAUGUUGUCCCUCUUCGAAAAGGGGUUGCACAACGUCAAGAGUGAAUACGAGCAGCUUAACUACGCCCGGCAGCUGAAGGAGCGACUGGAAGCUUUCACACAGGACUUUCUGCCCCACAUGAAAGAAGAGGAAGAGGUUUUUCAGCCGAUGCUCAUGCAGUACUUCACCUACGAGGAGCUGAAGGACAUCAAGAAGCAGGUGAUCGCGCAGCACUGCAGCCAGCACCAAUGGGACUGUGCCGCCGGCGUGCUGAAGGGCUUCAGCUUGUGGAGCCAGGCGGAGGAGCUGCAGAAGGCCUUUAAAUACGCCGACCACGAGAAGGCCGAUUACGACCUGGAAAAGAAGAGGAAUUCUUCAACCCACAUCUCCCAGCUUCCUCCUGAAAUCAUGCUGAGGCUCUUCCACUAUUUGAGCCCCGAACAGCUGUGUCGCUGCAGUCAGGUGUGCAGCUCUUGGUCCAACCUGGCCAAGACCGGCUCCCUGUGGAGACACCUGUACCCCGUCCACUGGGCCAGAGGUGAUUAUUACAGAGGCCCCCCGGGGGACCUGGACCAGGAGCCAGACGACGAGUGGGUGAAGAGUCGGCAGAACGAGGGUCGGGCCUAUCAGGAGUGGGACGAGGACGCUGACGUGGACGAGUCCGAUGAGUCGAGCCUCACGGGGAGCUCCGUGGCUAUCGACACCGCUCAGCGAGAGAAGAGGCUUCUGGACGGGAUCAUCCAGAACCUCCUCCCAGCCGUGGGUCCGUCUGUCAAGUCCAUCGUUCUGGCCUACAGCUCUACGGUCUCCAGUAAAAUGGUGCGCCAGAUCCUCAGCCUCUGCCCCAACAUCACUCACCUGGACCUGACCCAGACCGCUGUGACCGACUGUGCAUUUGACAGCUGGUCGUCUUUCGGAGCGUGUCUCUCCCUGGAGCACCUGGAUCUGUCGGGGUGCGAGAAGAUCACCGACCACACCAUGAAGAAGCUCUCCGUCGGCCUGGGCGACCUCACGUCCUCCAGCUGCUUCGACCGGCGCUCCGACCGACGGGCCAAGCUUCUCAAGAGCCCCCCCAUCCCCAUCACGCUCACGGAGGAGAGGAACCUGCAUUCGGCGGAGUGGCGGCGGCGGCGGCAGCAGCAGCGCCAGGCCCUCAUUUUCAAGCCGGGGGGCGACCGCUGGGCCGCCGGCACCCCGACGCGAGUGUGGGUCCUGGACCCCUCGGACCUCGCCGACAUCGAGGACGCCGCGGAGUGGGGCCGCCGCGGGGGGACGUCUGUCCCCGAGACGCAGCUGGAGGGGAGCUCGUGCUGCUGCCGGAGGAGCGGCAGGAGGCGUGGCGGGCACAGGACCGCCUCCUUCCUGCAUCAGCAGUACGCCAGCAUGUCGGGGGAAGUGUUCUGUGGUCACUCCACCUGCUGCGCUGGCGACGCGGCCCUCAGGACUAUGGCUGGGCCGCGGUGCGAGUCGGGCUCCACCAGGAGCGGCGCCGCAGAGUUUCGGACUAAAUGCUCCUCUUUCGGGGGCCUGCAGUGCCCGGAACAGGAAAACAGGACUGACCGGUCUGAGGCCGGGCGCUCGCUGAGGUUUCUCAGUCUCUCCGGAUGUUUUCAAGUCACAGACCUGGGCCUGAGGGCUGUGUCGCAGCGGGGAGGGCUUCCUUUCCUGGAGCAUCUCAACUUGUCCGGCUGCCUCUUCAUCACUGAGGUGGGGCUGCGGGAGCUGGUGUCCGCCUGUCCUUCGCUCAACGACGAGCACUUCUAUUACUGCGACAACAUCAACGGUCCUCACGCCGACACGGCCAGCGGCUGCCAGAACCUGCAGUGUGGCUUCAGGGCCUGCUGCCGCUCCGGAGAGUGACCCGGCCACGCGGCGCCUUCCUCGAUACAAAUAAUAUCACCUCUCCCUUAUUAUUGCACUUUAUCCUGGGAAAACCGGUUUCUGUAUAUCUGUCACUUCAAAAAUGUUUCUGGAUGAAACUAAUUAUUUUCUUGCUCUUGUCAUUUACAUCUAAUAUUAAAUGGGAAUAAUCUUUUAUAGGAAAGGAAAACACAAAGGGGUGGUGAUGGAUUUGAAGUGAAAAUAAAAACUAGUGAAGCGUAACCACCAAGUACCGUUUUCUGUAGUUAAACCAUGUUUAUUUUCUCACGAAGUUGAUUCACUCUUCUUCUCCACUGCCGUCUGCUUUGUUUUACCCUCACACCAACAUGCGCUCGUCAUCAGUUAAUAAACCCUCAUUUACCGUAGAGAGGAAAAAGUUGGUCGAAGUGAACUUGGACUGUGUUACCUCGACGAUGGCUUCACCGUUGAUGUACGGCAACCAUUCCAUUACGAGAAAGAUGUACAAACAUGAGAAUCGCUACACAAGAGUAGUUUUAACCACCAACACAGAUUUAAUUUCUUUAUACACACCAAUGCUGAGGCUAAUAAGUGGACCAAUGUUCACAUGUGAGGGAUUUUUAAUAUACGCUCAUUACCGAAAGGGGAAUAAUCCACUUCAGACUUGUCUUCCGCUUUCAUCACUCUGCAGCAGGAUGCAUUUCCUGGUUCAAAAGUUGUGCAUGAAGUAUUCUGUUAAAUUCAUGAACAGACAAAUAAAGUUCUCUUGGGGCUAAAAGCA